CACUGUCGAAAAACGUCAUUUCCGGCGCGCCGGUCCCGGCACAUCCGGGGUCCGACCGCCUGAGCUGCUCUUCUCUCGCACUGAGUGGGACCCUGACCUUAGGACGCUGGACGCGGGCGAGUGACUGGCCAUGUCACUGUCCCACCUGUACCGGGACGGGGAAGGCCACAUGGAUGAUGACGAGGAUGAGCGGGAGAACUUUGAGAUCACAGACUGGGAUCUGCAGAAUGAGUUCAACCCCAACCGGCAGCGCCACUGGCAGACGAAGGAAGAGGCCACCUAUGGAGUGUGGGCAGAACGAGACUCAGAUGAAGAGAGGCCCAGCUUUGGAGGCAAACGGGCCCGUGACUACUCCGCUCCAGUCAACUUCAUCAGUGCCGGGCUCAAGAAAGGGGCAGCAGAGGAGGCGGAGCUGGAAGAUUCUGAUGAUGAAGAGAAACCUGCUAAGCAGGAUGAAUUUCCUAAGGAUUUCGGACCAAAGAAGUUGAAAACGGGUGGCAAUUUUAAACCCAGCCAGAAAGGUUUUGCAGGAGGAACCAAAUCUUUCAUGGAUUUUGGCAGCUGGGAAAGACAUACAAAAGGAAUUGGACAGAAGCUUCUUCAGAAGAUGGGUUAUGUUCCUGGAAGGGGCCUCGGGAAGAAUGCACAAGGUAUCAUUAACCCAAUCGAAGCCAAACAGAGAAAGGGAAAAGGUGCCGUGGGAGCUUAUGGCUCAGAGCGGACCACUCAGUCCCUGCAAGACUUCCCCGUGGUUGACUCUGAAGAAGAAGCCGAAGAGGAGUUUCAGAAGGAGCUGAGCCAGUGGAGGAAAGACCCCAGCGGAAGCAAGAAGAAACCCAAAUACUCUUACAAGACUGUGGAAGAGUUGAAGGCCAAGGGCAGAAUUAGCAAGAAGCUUACCACUCCCCAGAGGGAGCUUUCCCAGGUCAAGGUCAUAGACAUGACAGGCCGGGAGCAGAAGGUCUACUAUAGCUACAGCCAGAUCAGCCACAAACACAACAUCCCCGACGACGGGCUGCCGCUGCAGUCACAACAGCUGCCACAGCCUGGCAGAGAGGCCAAAGCCCCAGGCUUUGCGCUGCCCGAGCUGGAGCACAACCUGCAGCUGCUCAUCGACCUCACGGAGCAGGAGAUCAUCCAGAACGACCGGCAGCUGCAAUAUGAGCGGGACAUGGUGGUCAACCUCUCCCAUGAACUGGAGAAGAUGUCGGAGGUCCUGGACCAUGAGGAACGGGUCAUCUCCAACCUCAGCAAGGUCCUGGAGAUGGUGGAGGAGUGCGAGCGGCGUAUGCAGCCCAACUGCAGCCACCCCCUCACCCUGGAUGAGUGUGCCCACAUCUUUGAAACCCUGCAGGACAAGUACUACGAGGAGUACCGGAUGUCCGACCGCGUGGACCUCGCCGUGGCCAUCGUCUAUCCACUCAUGAAAGAGUACUUCAAGGAGUGGGAUCCCCUCAAAGACUGUACUUAUGGCACCGAGAUCAUCUCCAAGUGGAAAAGUCUCCUGGAGAAUGACCAGCUCCUGUCUCAUGGUGGGCAGGACCUCUCAGCAGACGCCUUUCACAGGCUGAUAUGGGAAGUCUGGAUGCCUUUUGUUCGAAAUAUUGUUAGCCAGUGGCAGCCAAGGAACUGCGAGCCGAUGGUGGACUUCUUGGAUAGCUGGGUACACAUUAUCCCCGUGUGGAUCUUGGAUAAUAUACUGGACCAGCUCAUCUUCCCCAAGCUGCAGAAGGAGGUGGAAAACUGGAACCCACUGACAGACACCGUCCCCAUCCACUCUUGGAUCCACCCGUGGCUUCCCCUGAUGCAGGCGCGCCUGGAGCCACUGUACUCCCCCAUCCGCAGCAAGCUGUCCAGCGCCCUGCAGAAGUGGCACCCCAGCGACUCUUCUGCCAAGCUCAUCCUCCAGCCCUGGAAAGAUGUCUUCACCCCAGGCUCCUGGGAGGCAUUCAUGGUCAAGAACAUAGUGCCCAAGCUGGGGAUGUGUCUUGGAGAGUUAGUCAUUAACCCUCAUCAGCAGCACAUGGAUGCUUUUUAUUGGGUCAUCGACUGGGAAGGGAUGAUCUCUGUCUCCAGCUUGGUGGGGCUCCUUGAAAAGCACUUCUUCCCAAAGUGGCUUCAGGUACUGUGCUCCUGGCUCAGUAACAGCCCAAAUUAUGAAGAGAUCACCAAGUGGUACCUGGGCUGGAAGUCCAUGUUCUCAGACCAGGUGCUGGCACACCCAUCUGUCAAGGACAAAUUCAAUGAAGCACUUGAUAUCAUGAACAGGGCUGUGUCCUCCAAUGUUGGUGCCUACAUGCAGCCCGGGGCACGGGAGAACAUCGCCUACCUCACCCACACAGAGCGGAGGAAAGACUUCCAGUACGAGGCAAUGCAGGAGCGGCGGGAGGCUGAGAACAUGGCCCAGAGGGGCAUUGGUGUGGCCGCCAGCUCUGUGCCCAUGAACUUUAAGGACCUCAUUGAGACCAAGGCUGAGGAGCACAACAUCGUCUUCAUGCCUGUCAUAGGGAAGCGACACGAAGGGAAGCAGCUCUACACCUUCGGCCGUAUUGUCAUCUACAUCGAUAGGGGAGUGGUGUUCGUCCAGGGCGAGAAGACCUGGGUGCCCACUUCCCUGCAGAGUCUGAUUGACAUGGCCAAGUAGACUGCGGCAGACCUGCAGCAGGCUGGACACCUGGACCUGAGGGGGACGUAUCUGUGAAUAAAUGAUAUUUUAAACCAUCUUUGAAAAAGUAGCUUCUCUAUUCAGGAGAUAUGCCCUAUCAGGCCAAGUCACCAGGGAAGGGUAUAACACGAUAAUGCUAUUUCAGAAGUACGUAAAAUUUUACCAGGUACUUUCACAGGCAUAUCAUCCUCUAACAGGAGGGCCAACUUGAGGGAUUUGCUGUUCUCUUCAAAAUUUGGCUCACUGCAAAGAAUGUUCUCUGUAGUCCAUGGCAAUCUCCCCUUUAGUCUCUAGUAGCAGCUGCUGCUGCUUCAGCCAACGUCAGAUACGUUAUAGCAGGUUCGAGUCAGUAGUUGAAGGGUCUUCUGUCUUGUUCCUGAUGAUUUCAAGGUCCUCACAGUCCUGAUAAUCUGGUUCUUCCCGAAAUGCCCAGGUGUCCAUGGAGAGUUGGUUUAGCCUUUGGACAGGGAACCAGUGGAUGGAGGUGUCGUUAAAUACAUCCGUGUACUGUGAAGUCUGAGGAAACUGAUGUUCCUCCAGUCCUUUUAAAAUCUGAGCAGAAAAAUUCAAAGUAUAAACUUGGUAGUCACAGUAACUCCUACUCUCCUGGGUUAUAUUUCCAUUUUACUGGUCACCCUCCUCCCCAUGUUAAAAAAAAAAAUAGGAAUAGGAUAUUUUAAGGGCUUUUGUGCAAUACACUGGAAGUGCCAAGGGCAGUGAAUAUGUUGGAAUGUGAUACUAAGAAUAAAGGAAAUUAGGAAAAA